CCUAUUAACAUCUGUUUUCGUUUUUGAAGUGAUUUGCAAUGAGCAAAACUUUGAAGUGAAGGAGGAAAAUACAGAAGUAUAACUAAAAUAGUACACACAGGCACAUGCAGAUACAGUCACUAUACUAAAGAGCCAAUUAGGAGGGACAGCGAAGGGGGAGAAAUGGCUGAAGCCCUUCUGUUUCUGCUUCACUGAAUUAUUGAGUGUAAUCAUCCAGGCCUUUAAUGGCUGGUCCAGAGUGGAAUUAAUUUGGGUGGUGUGGGAUAAAUAAUGCAUUAUGGGUAAGGGUGGAUCUGAGCGUGUGCAAGAGGUCUCUCUUCCAGCUGCCUCUGCAUGAUGAGGGUGGGAGGGGCCCGGGAAGCGUGCCGCUCAGUGCAGUGGGCCAGUGGGACAUGAAAGGGGGGAGAGAGAGAGAGAGAGAGGAAGGGAGGGAGGAAGACAGAUGCUGUCCAGAGCAGGCGGAAGAGGUGCAACAGGGCGAGGCUCAGGAGGAGAGUAGAGUGCGAAUCCCAACAUGUGGAUGGAGGACAGUGCUGCUCAGCUAUGAACACCAUGCUAAGUCCCAAGAUUAGACAGUCCAGGAGAGCCAGGUCUAAGAGCAUGGUCAUGGGGGAGCUCUCCCGCGGCUCCAGCAGGCCAUCGUCCCCCAGCCUCCAAGACAGGGCGCUGAAAGCAGGCUGGCUUAAGAAACAGCGCAGCAUCAUGAAGAACUGGCAGCUGCGCUGGUUUGUGCUUAGAACUGACCAGCUCUACUUCUACAAAGAUGAGGAGGAAACCAAACCACAGGGAUGUAUCCCGUUGCAGGGUAGUCAAGUCAACGAGCUGACAGCCAAUCCUGAUGAACCUGGGCGGCACCUUUUUGAAAUAGUUCCAGGUUGUACAGGAGAGAAAGACAGAUCGGCUCUCAGCCAUGAGGCUUUCCUCCUCAUGGCAAACUCCCAGAAUGACAUGGAGGAUUGGGUCAAAGCCAUUAGACGUGUCAUCUGGGCUCCCUUUGGAGGAGGUAUCUUUGGCCAGCGCCUGGAGGACACAGUACUGUAUGAAAGAAAGUCUGGACCCCGACUGGCCCCACUGCUGGUGGAGCAGUGUGUGGAUUUCAUACGGGAGCAGGGUCUAAAAGAGGAAGGUCUCUUUAGGAUGCCAGGACAGGCCAACCUGGUCAAAGAACUGCAGGAUGCUUUUGACUGUGGUGAUAAGCCUCUAUUUGACAGUAACACUGACGUUCACACAGUGGCGUCCCUCCUGAAGCUUUACCUCAGGGAGUUGCCAGAGCCUGUGAUUCCCUUUAACAAAUAUGAGGACUUUCUAACCUGUGCACAGCUUCUGCUAAAAGAUGAAGAAGUGGGACUCAGUGAGCUUGUGAAGCAGGUGAACACUCUUCCUCAGGCUAAUUAUAAUUUGUUAAAGUACAUUUGCAAAUUCUUAGAUGAGGUGCAGUCACACUCGAAUGAGAACAAGAUGAGCGUUCAGAACCUUGCAACAGUUUUUGGACCAAAUAUCCUUCGGCCUAAAAUAGAGGACCCCGUUUCAAUGAUGGAAGGAACCUCCCAGGUUCAGCACCUGAUGACGGUGUUGAUCAGUGAACAUGAGCGUCUGUAUGUGGGUACUGAGGGAGAUGUGUCUUCCGAGCAAACAGGAAGUUAUCUUCCAGGUCAGCGAGGCAUGGCGGAGUGGAUCUCCGAUGAGGAGAUGCUGAACUGCUCAUCGCUGAGCCAGACAUCCAAAGUGGCAGAUAGUGUGUGUGGCAGUGCCACGUCUUUAGAUAUCAAUACAGGUGCCCCUACCACUGCCAAAAUGACACCUCAGGGAAAAGCUGGGGUAACGGUCAGCCCCAGCAAACAGGUGAAAUCCCUCCCCUCCUGGAAAUACUCCUUCAAGAGCGGAGGGGUACGCGCUCAGCCUGCAAAAAUUGGGGGCUCGUCUGUGGACGUGUCCACCUUGCCCAGUACAGGCAACUGGUUGAUGAACGGGCUUUCCUCUCUGCGCAGCCACCGGCGUACAUCAUCAGGAGAGCGCAUGGGCAAGGAUUCAGCCCUGUCACACCGUCUGUCCACUUAUGACAACGUGACCUCAUCCAGUCUCAGCGUACCCAGCGUCGCGAGCACGCCCUGGUCCACAUCCUCCUGUGAGAUCUUAGUGGCCGACUCAGUGGGUAGUGACCCCUCUGGACUGAACUCUGUGAAGGUGGAUUGGUCAGUUGGAGGGUCUAUCCAAGGGCAAAGUGAAGACAGGAAUUCGGAGGUCACUGAGAGCAGCGAAGCACUGGAAAUGUGUGUGAGCAGUGCAGGCUGCAGUGAGAAUGGAAAUGGAGAAGAUGCGGUGAACAUCACAGGAGAUACUGAUAUUAGCACGACAGCACUUAACAGCCUGGUAACAGAGCUGAAAGACGAGUUAAAGAAACAGAAGGCCAACUACGAAUCUCGAAUACGAAGGUUAGAGGAAUCAAGUGUCAUUAUGCGUAACCAAAUGGAGAGACUAGAGGAGAAGCUGGACCAGGAGAAGAAAAAGUAUCGCAUGUUGGAAAUUAAACUCCGUAACUCUGAGCGGGCCCGUGAGGAUGCAGAGACCCGCAACCGCUUGCUUCAGAACGAGAUGGAAGAGUUCUUCUCCACUUUGGGAGAUCUUACAUUGGGAACAAGGACAAGCAAACUUUGACUGGACCUCUAACAGGCCUCCUGAUUUAACACUGAGAGAAUAUGUGUUUGUUGUAGAUAGAAUUUGGAAAUCUCUCUGCUCAUGCAUCAUGAGUAUUCAGAGGUGAUUUUGUGCUGUUUUGUUAUGGCGACUUGAUCAUGUGUAGCAGUUACACUUUUCUCUCUGAUCUUCAGUCUUACAUUUUAAAGGGAUAGUUCACACAAAAAUACAAAUUCAAUGGUUAUUUACUCACCCUCGUAUCGUUCCAAACCAAUAUUGCUGUUUUUCUGCAGACAACAAUUAUUAAUUAAAAAAAAAAAAAAUCUUCACAAGUAGUGCACAUUUUGUGUGUGGAACAUACAAUGUUCUUAAUGGCAAACUUGCCACUUGCUCUUUGUAAAUAAUAACAAUAUUUUCAUUUUCAGGUGAACUAUUCCUUUAAGGUGCCAUUCAGUUAUUAGCAUUCAUAACUUGCAUAACGUUACCUGCACAGAUAAUACCAAAGCAUGACAUUUCUGACCAGACUGUUUCCAGUAUUGGCCUCUCACAUAAGGCAGGCCAUUUUAAUGGCAUUUCCUGAUAAUGCAUGGUAUGAAAUAUGUCCUGCUGAGCUGUCUCUUGAGGUUUUGGGGAAAUGAUCACACAAUCCUUUUUCAUCCAAAGUCUAUAUCAUUUACAACCAGUCACCAUAUACGUACAAGCUGCAUCCCAUCACACUGUGCCUCGCACUUCCAGACGAGAUGAGAUCGACUCUUACACCAUCAGACCUCACAGACACAAACUCUUUUCAGCAAAUCCCUUUAUUGUAAGUAAAAUGCACUAGAAAAAAAUACUUUAUUUCAGAUUAGAUGAGGUAACACCAUCCAAACUGUUAAAAUCUCAACUCUUAUCGAAAGAUCACUUCAGCUGCAAGAUUGCCAAGGCUAGUAUUUAUUUAAGCUUAUUAAUGUACCUAGAACUAUUUCUCAGGUGGUGUUUUUCAAAACACUCAAUGAAUGAGUGUCUUUAUAUAAAAUAGAUGAUGGAACUAAGGCUGACAUAUACUUGAAUGUGUUAAAGUAGCUUUUUUUAUGUAUGCACAUACUGUAUGUUCGUGUGAUCGAUUUUUUUUUUCUUCUGUUAUUUGAUUCCUGAAUGCAGAAAGUGCCAAAGUAGAGGGCUUCAAAAAAUCGGUGUUUCAUUUCAAAUGAAGACUCAAUAGACUUCAUAAUAAAUUGCCGUUGUAUCAAAACAAUUUUGUGACUUUAUAAUCAAGGAAAGUCUGAUGCUGAGUGAUAUAAAAACUGAAUCAUGUACUGCCUAAUAACUGUGUUGUGCAAAAGAUAUUUGAUUUGUCAAACCUUUCAAAAAUUUCUAAUUCACCCCAAAAUGAUAAUUCUGUCGAGUACACUCAUCUUUCUAAACAUUUGUUCAUCUUCAAAACAAAAAUGAAGAUUUUUUUUAUGAAACCUGAAAGAUUGCUGUAUUUCCAUUCUACCAAAACUUAAAUGCCUCAAGAAGUAUGUACAUUUGAGCUUAUAUUUACUAUAUUUCAUAUGCUUUCAAUUUGUUCUAGGAUCAGUGUUUAUAUGUGAAUAAAAGCCUAAGUAAAUCUGUUCAUCAUAUAAAGCAAUUGUGUCUACUCAGAAGACUUGGAUUUAACCACUUUAUUCAAAUAAAUAUCCUUUAUGAACUUUUUUAAAAAUGGAAUGGACUUUCAAAAGAGGGAUCAAUAUCAGUUUUUUUAAACCUUAAUCUGUGUUUUGAAGAUGAAUGAAAGUCUAAAGGGGUUAGAAUGACAAUUUUCAUUUUUGGGUGAAGUAACUCUUAAAAGUCUUUGGUAAUAUAUGUGGAAAGCAACAACAAUUUCCAAAGUUAAAUAAAGUUGUUCAUGGUGAAGAAUGAUAAACUAAGAAUAAGUUCUUGGAGAGGGCACAAUAAUGGGAGGAAAAACAACACACACAAACAAACCCAUUUUCCAACUGUUUAUUUCCAUUUUUCCAGUUGUUAUGAUGUUAACACAGUUGAAUUUCAGUGUGUUCUAAUGAGGUGGUAAUCUGCUAACCCUAAUAUAAAACAACUGCAUCAGUUCGUGAAGUCUAAUAAACCCAACACCAUGAUCUUAUAGUUCUUGUACAGUGUUUUGGACUUAAAAUCAAGUGCUAAGCAGGUCAUGCAAGAUACUGCCCAUCGUUGAGACUGGGAAGAGAAACUUUUCCUCUCCAUUUUUAUUAUUCUCUUUUCUUGGACAAAAAUUUUCGCAUAGAUGUCGAGUCUGAAAUAACACGGUUCAUUGUUCAGCUUUGAGUUACUGCACAUAAGCUGAAAAAAAACAAAAAACA